UAUACAUGACUUUGUGUUGGUCAAUCACAUAAAAUCCCAAUAAACCCACUGAAGUUUGUGAUUCUAACUAGAUAAAAUUGUAAAAAAAAUAUAUGAAUACUUUAGUGAGGCACUAUGUGUUGUUAAUAAACUGAGGGGAAGAGCUGGUGGCCUAUGAAAAACAGGAAUCAGCUCAGUUUGAUAAAUGAAGCUGAACUUGUUGAGGUGGUGUGAUGUAAUGUGAACAAAAUGAUCCGCAACAUGUUCAACUGUUCCUUUUUGAACGGUUUAUUGCACAAAUGAGUAAGCUUGUAUGCUGUGUGAUGCUCUGACACAAUCCAAAAUUCUUUCUGUAAAUUAAAUCACAAGUAGUUAGAAUAUAUAUUUAUAAUACUUGUAGAAAAAUAGCAAGCAUACGCACCUAUGAAGCCCUUUUUCCACAAAAAAAAUAAUAAAAAUGUGUCACACGUGCUAGUCACAAACUUUCUUGCACAUCUGAUAACAGGAACUUCAAUAAAGGAAGUGUAAUACUUAUUAACACAUCAGCAUGACAUUGUUGCAGAAGAUAUCACUACUGGCGUAAAGGGCCUCCAGUAUUCAUCUAUACAUGCAAAACUCACUCAUUCUCUUGGGGCAUUGAAGAGACACACUGUGGCUUACAACUUUCCACUUCAGCUCAACAUUAUACUCCUAAGGCUGCCUCAUGAUAAUACUCAAGCACACUAAAUGCAUCCACAAGCACUUUAAGACUAGAAGCACUAGUGAGUUGUUAAUGACUCUGCUUAAAACUCAUGUUCUGUGUUGAUUUUCACAUUAGCCUAAGCUGACAAAGAGAAACCUCUGACUGUGUGAAAAGCUACUGCACACGCAGAGUCCAGAAUUUGACUGUACCUUGUGAAAUGUCUUAGUGAAAACACAAAUAAAGCAUUUUCUUUCUAAAAAACUUGAUGUGGUUGCAUGUGCCUACAUGUACCAGAAUGCACCGCGGCUGUCAGUAUUAACCAACCGAGUGUUGCUCUGUUACACUAGCAAACAGCAGUGGGACAGACGCGCUGGCUUUUUUUCGUUUUCUCCAAACAUGGACAAAGACAACAAAUCAGAGGAUGGGUCAGUUGGUCCGACAGAGAAUGCUUCAGGAGACAAGCCACCUUGUAUAGCACCAGGAAUGGCGGAUGGUGAAACGUUGGAGAUGCUGUGGCAGUUCCGAGCCCAGCUCCGCCAGGACUCCCCUGAGCUCCCAGAGACGGUGACCCGUCUCACUGCUCCUGACGGGAGCAUCCUGUACUUGGUGGGCACUGCCCAUUUCAGCGAGGACAGCAAAAAUGAUGUGACGACGACAAUCCGCGCUGUGCAGCCAGACGUGGUGGUGGUGGAGCUUUGCCAGUACAGGGUGUCAAUGUUACGUAUGGAUGAGAACACGCUGCUGAGGGAAGCCAAAGACAUCAACCUGGAGAAGGUUCAGCAAGCCAUCAAGCAGAAUGGGCUUAUGUCCGGCCUGAUGCAGAUUCUCCUGCUCAAAGUUUCUGCUCACAUCACUGAGCAACUGGGAAUGGCACCUGGAGGAGAAUUUCGAGAGGCUUAUAUUGAGGCGGGACGAGUUCCAUUCUGUAAAUUUCACCUUGGGGACAGGCCAAUCCCAGUGACCUUAAAGAGGACCAUAGCUGCUCUCAGUUUAUGGCAGAAGGCCCGUCUGGCCUGGGGUCUUUGCUUUUUGUCAGAUCCAAUCAGUAAAGAGGACGUAGAGAAGUGUAAACAGAAGGACCUGCUGGAGCAAACCAUGUCUGAGAUGAUCGGCGAGUUUCCUGCUCUCCACCAAACCAUUGUGGCUGAAAGGGAUAUCUACCUCACACACAAACUCCGCCAGGCAACACACUGUGUGGAGUCGCCAUCCAAUGGCCAGAAAGUGCCUGCUGUGGUUGUUGGAGUUGUAGGAAUGGGUCAUGUCCCUGGCAUUGAACGCAACUGGGAUAUGGAGCUCAACGUUCAAGAAAUCAUGACUGUUGCACCACCCUCACAACUCAGCUGGAUGCUACGCACUGUUGUGAAGGGCGUCUUGAUGGGAAUGCUGGGUUAUGCCUGUUAUCGAGUCGGAGGAGGUUUAGGUCGUACCCUGCUGACAUUACCAGCUGUCCAGUCUUUGAUUGAGACUCUUCGGCUCCAGCAGCCUGACCCCGCUGGACCUCUCUAAGCCGUCUUUCACACAAGAUUUGAUUUUUUAAAAAGAUGCAUUUAUCACCGACGGCCUUAAAAGCAGGAGGUGAGGCUGGACGAAUGGGUGCACCAGCUCACACCUGGGAACUGAUGAGGACCUCUCUGGGGUCAAGAACCUUUCACCUCCUAUUGAUGUCCCUAUAGGCACAGUGGGACUGUACUGCCAAAGAAACCACAACUGUACUCUAAUCCUGCAUUUCUUGCAAUUAUAUUUUGCAUAAAUCUGCUCCUAUUAGAGUAACAUUUCCCUGUUGUUCCUGAAAUUUAUUUACACACGGCUUUAUUUUGCUAAUCAUCCUAGGAAUCAAAUUGAAUAAUUUUCCUGGACAUAAUAGGACACUUUUUUUUUUUUUUUGAAAGAAGCCAUUUUCUGAGUACCGGGCAGAUUCUUGGUAAUUGGUCCAGCACUUUAAAAGAGGACGUAACUUAUAGUGGUAUUUAAAUAUAAACAGAUUAGAUUAAUUUCACUGUGUGUCUGAACUAGAAAGUCGAUCAUGAUUUUUGACAAAAUAAUUUCAACUAUAUUUGCAUGGUGCUCAUUCCUCACAUUCAGGAUUAGCAGAAGAAACUCUGGUGAUUGCUCUUUGCUAUGAACUUUACAGCCAAGUGCCUCAUGUUUCAGCUGGAAGGGCUACUAUGAAAUCCAAUUUUUGUUAUCUUCAUCUAAUGAAUGAUUAGUGCAAUUAUCAACAGUUUGAACAUCUUACUAUUUUGUAAUGAGAGGACAUGAAGUUUAUGAUGACGUUGAAAUUUUACCAAAACUGCAACAUUUUCAUGGAACAGUGAUGCUCAGGAGGCCUCACGGUGCCUCACAAAACAGUGGGGUGAGAACAUUUUAUGUUUUAUUUUACCCUUUAAUAUGAUGGACCCAACCAUCAUGUGUUAAGUGUACCAUAUUUUUAAUCAACUGACAGUCAGUGCAUUGGCUGUCCUAAAAUAUGCAUUCAUAUUUAUUGUGAAAUUGUGGAACUAGAUAGAAAUGAAAGUUGAUUUGUUUCCCUCAGAGUAAAGUGUGACCAUAAUGGUUUGUGCAUUUAUAAAUCUGUUUUAUUUGGACUGCUGAACAAAAUCUGUAAUCUGGAAAUUUAGCCUUACUUUAUCACUGCUGCCUUUGACCCUCUGAUUGCCUCUUCUGCUAAAGUCUAUCACCAACACAUGUGUAUCCAUAUUAUGUUCUGUUACUGCAUGUAUAACAAAAAAGACAACCCUGGAUCAAAAAGGAGGGUGUCAAAGUAUGGUACAGUAAGUUCUGUCAACAUAAAUGCAUGAUUUUAAAUCUAUUGUAGGUAUCCAGGUAAUUUAAGUGACUUAAGUAUUUUUGCUUUUAAUUGUAAAUCAAAAUAAGGGAUGUGAAAUGAGUUACUGAACAUAAUUUAUUAUAACAUAUAAAUGGGUCCAAUGAAUUGAUGAAGAGUGUAAUGUACAUUUAUUUUUUUUUAAAUAUAAUUAAAACCAGUGCCAGCUAUUUACCGUCUGAGCUUAUUCAGAUAACCAGUCUUCCGAUUGAUUAAAACGUUUUGAAGAAAUGCGUUAAAAAACUGAAGUUGUUGCAGGCCAGAUAUGUUGCUUUCAGAUUUGUAUCUGAGUACAUUCAACAAAAAUAUAUAAUUUGCUGUAUGCCUGAGAACUCGAGAAGAGAGUAUGAAUGGCUGUAUUGGUCGUAUUAACCGAUUAGCCUGCACCCUUGACUUGUUUUGUCACUGUAAACGUACCAAACACUGACUCUUCUAUAAUAGUAAAAGUAAACUAUUUUUGCUUUA